GAUUUUUCGUGUGGAUAGCAUCGUUACGUUCCACCGGCCAGCAGGCGUAGCAGAUUCGUAUUUUAUUCAAUAGACAAAAAGACGACGCUAAACCAAUCCCCAAAAUGGGUUAUACUCUCGGAACAGAAGAAUUAACAAACAAAUCAAGCGGAUUAUGGCAUGCGUUACUGGCUGAGUUUGUUGGCAUCUUUAUAUUGAACUUUUUCGCCUGUGCCGCGUGUACGCAUGCAAAUGGCGAUAAAACAUUAAUCUCACUUGCGUUUGGACUCAGUGUGUUCAUGGUCGUGAUGUCGAUUGGUCACAUCAGUGGUGGUCAUAUUAAUCCCGCUGUGACUGCCGGAAUGUUGGCAGCUGGCAAGGUAAGCCUCAUCCGUGCCCUGCUUUACAUUGCCGCUCAAUGUGCCGGUGCUGUUGUUGCCACAACCGCACUCGAUGUGCUGAUACCAAAAACCUAUCACAACGGUUUGGGCAACACCGGUCUGAAGGAUGGAGUCACAGAGAUGCAAGGCGUGGGUUUCGAAUUCUUCCUAGGAUUCGUGCUGGUGCUGUGUGUGUUUGGUGUUUGUGAUGACAAUAAACCGGACUCGCGCUUCGUAGCCCCACUGGCCAUCGGUUUAACCGUGACUCUGGGUCAUCUGGGCGUUGUAGAGUAUACCGGUUCGAGCAUGAAUCCAGCCCGUUCAUUCGGCACUGCUUUUGUGACGGAUAGCUGGAGUCAUCACUGGAUUUACUGGGCUGGACCGAUCGUGGGAGGUGUUGCAGCUGCUUUGCUUUACUGCCAGCUGUUUAAGGCACCAACCGUUAGCGAUGCGUCCGAACGCUACCGUACUACCGCCGACGAUAAGGAGAUGCGUCGAUUGGAUGGAAAGCACGACAUGGCUUAAAUUGGCAACGUCGCUGUUUCUCAGUGGGCUAAAUUGUUUGCAAACUUACCGUUUCUACCCUUUCACACUCCCGAUUGACCAACAUUUUGGGUUCGCAUACAAUUUUGCCCAGAGGGUUGCAUGCGUUUGCACACGUGGUUUUCUGCAAACUCACCUAAUAAGUGGCCUUAGAGCACACGUGACCGUUUGUUGUUGUAUGUUUCUAAUAACUGACCUUAUCUGUUGAUGGUUUUCCGUUCCGCUCAAGCGAAACCUUGUCCCCUGCAUUACCUUAAGUUGGAUGUCGUUUCCAAUUGCCAUUGGUAGCUUGAUAUAUUGCGAGUUAUAAAACAGGCUUAUCACACAAUGUGACUAUCAAUAAACGUUUUAAAUUAAGUAAUAGAACAUAUCUACCAUCGAUGUC